GGUGAUGUGCAUGGCGUGGGGGCGGGGCCUGAGGCCGGGGGUGGUCCCGGGAGCGAUGGCGGCGGAGCGGGCGCUCGCCAUGGCCACCUGCACGGCCCCCGUGAACAUCGCCGUCAUCAAGUACUGGGGCAAGCGAGACACCGACCUCAUCCUGCCCAUCAACUCCUCUCUGAGUGUGACGCUGCACCAGGACCAGCUCAAGACCACGACCACGGCCGCUGCCAGCCGGGACUUCACGGAGGACCGGCUGUGGCUCAAUGGGGCAGAGGUGGAUGUGGGACACCCGCGGGUCCAGGCCUGUCUGCGCGAGGUGCGACGCCUGGCCCGGAAGCGCCGGGGGGGCUCCGAGGACACGGCCACGCUCAGCCUCCUCUCCUACAAGGUCCACGUCGCCUCUGAGAACAACUUCCCCACGGCCGCCGGGCUGGCCUCGUCUGCAGCCGGCUACGCCUGCCUAGUGUCAGCCCUGGCCCGGCUCUAUGGCGUGGAGGAUGAGCUGUCGGAGGUGGCCCGGCGGGGCUCGGGCAGCGCCUGCCGCAGCAUGUGGGGAGGCUUUGUGCAGUGGCAGCGGGGGGAACGGUCUGAUGGCACCGACAGCCUGGCCCACCAAGUGGCCCCCGAGACACACUGGCCAGAGCUCAGGGUCCUCGUCCUGGUGGUCAGUGGGAAGAAGAAGCCAGUGGCCAGCACGGCAGGGAUGCAGACCAGUGUGGAGACCAGCCCCUUGCUGAAGCACCGGGCAGAGGUGGUGGUCCCGGAACGCCUGGCCCAGAUGAUACGGCACAUCCGGGAGCGGGACUUCGAGGGCUUUGGCCAGCUGACCAUGCAGGAUAGCAACCAGUUCCACGCCACCUGCCUGGACACCUUCCCGCCCAUCUUCUACCUCAACGACCUCUCGCGCCACAUCAUCGCGCUGGCACAUCGCUACAACACCCACCACGGGCACACCAAGGUUGCCUACACCUUCGACGCCGGCCCCAACGCCGUGAUCUUCACGCUGGCUGACACCGUGGAUGAGUUCGUGGAGGUGGUGAGGUGCAGCUUCCCUCCUGCCACCAACGGGGACCAGUUUGUGCGGGGGCUGCCCGUGGGCUCGGCUGCGCUGCCACAGGAACUGAUGGCCGCUGUGGUCACCGAGCCAGUGCCAGGGGCUGUCCAGUACAUCCUGCACACCAAGCCUGGCCCUGGUCCCCAGCUCGUGGAUGAUCCCAGCCAGCACCUCCUGGGAGCAGAUGGGCUUCCCCGGCGCCACGCCUGAGCCCUGGUGACACCCCCAGGAACAACCCCGGGACAGACGGGACAUGCCAGGAAGGCUCUACCAGUGCCACCCAGGAGGCUCAGGACUCUGAGCCAGACCUGCUGUGCCCAGCUCUGGGGCAAGAUGUGACCCAGGGCUGGUUUUUACUCUUUUGUAAGGAAAUACAGGGUUCCUGGCUGUCA